UGACGAAUUUUGUAACAGUUAUAAAGUAGCUUUCUCUGCUGAAUUUAGCCAUUGUUAUUUGGUGCGAAAUUGACUAUCUAUAUCUAAGAAGAAGAACUAAAAGAAGAACAAUAAUUUCAAAACUUAACAAGAAGGAGACAGGAGACUCUUUUUAUUAUAUAAUUUGUUAUCAACAUAUUCUUCGAAAGAAAAUGUCCACCAAAACAGACGAAUCAAAAUGUGAGUUAGCAUUAGUUCCGACACCGGGGGUGGUUGAAAGCUCCUGCAGUUUUGAAGAUACGAUAAAGCCUAGCGACAAAUUUUUGCAAGUUUUCAAAUUAAUAUAUCCAUUUUCUAAAGGUCAAAGUAAAUUUAACAAAAAACAAAUCAGGACAGUAGAAGUGAAAAUGGACAAAUUGUUUCAUAAAGUAAUUAACUCGCAAGACACAAAAUUUGAAGAUGUUAUAACUCUUGCAUAUAUUUGUCAACUUAUAUGUUUUGCAUAUAUUAAGUCAGAUCAGACACAAAACCAAUCUGCUGCUAAAGACUCCAUUCUACGCUGUUUACAUUUGAUAAAAGAUAAAGAACUGGAUCCCAACAUUAUUUUACUGGCUUUAAAAGCAUAUUACAAUUUAAGCUAUAUUUAUGAGAAACAACAGAAGCUGGAGAAUGCUAUAGAAGCACUUGAUAGAGCUGUAGAUUUAUAUUUGAAAUAUAUGGAAGAAUUUAACGAGUAUGAUAUUCCCAUCGAUUAUGAAGAUAUUAUUAUUAAACCAUCUGUACAAGUAAAUGGUUAUUCAAAAUUAAAAUCUUUAUAUAGAUACAUUUUACAAGUAUCAACAGAUAUACAUAUACAGAUGGGAUCAAAAUCUAAUGAAAGUUUUAUGCUAUCCCGUCAUUUGCUUUUAGUCGAAGAAUUGAAUUGUUUACAAACACCUGUGGAAUGUGUAAAAUGGAUUGUAAAAGCAACAACAGUAUGCAAUUAUUUAAUCACGUGUAAACGUUUUCCAGAAGCUAGCACUUACAUUAAUCAAUUAAAUGUUGUACGACGAAUCUUAAAUAUAAAAUUUAAUGAUACUAAAGAAAAAAAUCCUUCUUCGGAAACACCCAAUAUAUUUAUACACAAAGUAGCUAUGUUCAAGUUAGUUAUAUUAUACCACAUGAAGUACGGUGUUGCGCUCUUCUGUCAGUCGGUGAAAUUACUGCUACGAUUAGAAAAGAACAAAGUUUCUAAGACUUACAACUCAAUAACUAAGUAUCUAUCAGAAUUGGAAGCUCAGACAUCGCGAAGAUUACUAAUGUUUGUUCCAAACAAGAAAGCAUAUUACGGCAUUAAUACGCACCAUUUUAUGCAUUUUACGUACAUAUUGAAAUAUAAUGAAGCUCAGAAAAAGUUUUCCAAUAUUUUGAACAUGAUUUAUGUAUCAGAGUUGCAUCGUAAGUUUGACGAUGUAAACUUUUUUAUUCAAUGCAAAUUAUACAUUUCUAACUUGUACAAAUAUAUGGCAUUCUAUGAAAAGCACAAAGCCACUCAGUUUUUACUACGAAAAAAGUGCGCAGAAACUUUAGAAGAAGCUGCAAAUUUUUUAGGAGAUAGGAAUAAUUCUAAAUUACUGAGACUCUUAUGGCUUCAACUGACAAUUGCUUAUUCUACUCUGAUAGACAUGAAACUAGAAGAUACAGAGGAAGCUAACCUACCAUAUUUAUCCCAAAAACAUAUUGCACUUGUUGAUGAAAUUAACUUGCUAGUAGCAAAGAGCUUAAUAUUCCUACGAAAGUAUAAGUACUCUAAAUAGAUUGUCACGACGGUGAUGUCGGAUGUCUUAUUCGACACAAAAUGACAGUAAUGUUAUAAUGAAUUACCGCCCAGACUUGGGAAUAGUGGCUCGCACUCAUGACAAUUUAAUAUCAUCGAAAACUUCGAAAAAGAUGUGUUCAAACCGCUAUGCAAAUGAGUAUACCUUAAAGUUUAUGCAUUCGAUAAAAAAUUUUUUACACUUAAUUAUAUAAAAUUAUAUAAAAUUAUUUAUAUGUAAUCAUAUAUAUAAUUAUGCAUAAUUGUGUUUAAAUAUAUAUAGUUAUGUAUAGUUUAAUAUGUUUAUAUAUAAUUGUACAUAAUUAUGUAUGGCUAAAUUUUGUAUAUAACUAUGGAUGGAAAAUUUUUCAUCGGACAAUUACCGUUGAAAUUGCCGUAUUACUAGCGGUGGUCUUAAUAAAUUUAAUUUUGUAUACGGAAUCUUAUUUAAUAAUUUGAUAUAGAUAAUGAAUUUGACAAUAGACCAAAUUCCUUUGAACAAUUUCGAUGUAUUUCAGUCUACUUAUUUUUUAAUUAAUAACAAAUCUAUAAAAGUGUGCACAUUGACAAACUUUGCAUCAUUUUGCGUAAUUUAUAAGAGAACAGGAAUUUUUAUGCGCAUACGGACAAUGAAAAGUGUAAAAAACGUUAAAGAUUUAGGCGCAAAUAAAAUAAAAUAUACAAUGCAUCAGAGCAUUUUACUAACAUAUAACAUAC